UUAGUCUAGUCUUCCUAUUAUUUCAGUUCGAAUGACUUUUAUUUUCAAAUAAAAAGGAUCAUGCUAUGAACGACGACGGUGACUUUGGUGCACCGAGGGCAAUGACAUCAGUGGCAGUGGCUGUUCACGGUGGAAGCAGUAGCCAACGCGCAGUAAGCUGGGCGAUGGAGAAUCUCAUGCCCCAGGCUGAUCGCUUCGUAUUGGUCCAUGUCAUGCCCAAAAUCACCUCUAUCCCCACUCCAUCUGGGGUUUGGAUUCCCGUGGCUGAACUGGACGCAAAUAUGGUUGCUUUGUAUGUUGAAGGGAUUAAAGCUAAGGUGGAAGAUGUUUUCAUUCCAUUUAAGAAGCUAUGCAAAACGAGACAGAUGGAAACUUUAAUUUUAGAGGGCAACGAUCCUGCAUCCACACUUCUAAAAUAUGUUUCUGAUGCAGGGAUUGAAUGCUUGAUUCUGGGUUCUUGUUCUUCAAAUUUUCUAACAAGGAAACUGAAGGGACCAGGGGUGCCAACAAGCGUUCUAAGUUGUACUGCCAACCCAUGUGAUAUUUAUGUUGUAUCGAAGAAGAAAAUAAUUACUAAAGCAACUAAUUCUUCAUCUAUUGAUGAGACUAGCUCUGCACACUGGGUUUAUACUCAAAGAGACAACAGAGAAGGGUUCAGUGGUUUGGAUGAACAGGUAUCCAGGUGUCGAUCUUUCUCAGUAGAGUCUCAAUUAAAGGAAGGUCUGGAUCUUAGCUACCUAAAUUCUGAAGCAUUUCAACAAAAGGGUUCUCCUGCCAAUUCUACUUUUCCAGAAAUAAAUCUCCAAAACUUGGAAAAUAGCCUUGAAAAUCUUACAUUAAAUGAAUGCGAUUAUGCAGAUUCUUUAGAUACUGACAAGUUAGAUUCACAGGAUGAGGUUUCACAUGUGCGCCAAGAAUUGCAAAAUACUAUUGCAAUGUAUAAAAGAGCUUGUGAAGAAUUGGUCCAUGCCCAAAACAAGGUUCAGUUAGUUUCCUCUGCAUGCCUGGAAGAAACACACAAAGUGAAUGCUGCCCUGGAAAGAGAAGAAACUUUAAAGAGAAUUGCCGCUGAAGAAAAAGCAAAACAUUUGGAAGCCGUUAAGGAGGUUGAGAGGGCAAGAGUUUUGCUUGCAAAAGAAGCUUAUGAAAGACAGAUUGCUGAAGUUAAUGCCCGUGAAGAGUCCUCAGAGAAAAGAAAGCUUGUUAAUGAACUCUUUUCUAAUGAUAAGAGGUACUUGAGAUACACUAGAAAUGAAAUAGAGAUAGCAACAGAUUUCUUCUCAGAGGCUAAUGUGAUUGGAGAAGGAGGUUAUGGAAAAGUCUACAAGUGCAGUCUUGAUCACAUUCCAGUAGCUAUUAAGGUUCUUCAGAAUGGUGCAGAUGAAAAGAAACAUGAAUUUUUGAAAGAGGUUGAAGUUCUAAGUCAGCUACACCAUCCGAACAUUGUAUUAUUGCUUGGAGCCUGUCCCGAGAGUGGUUGCCUAGUUUACCAAUAUAUGGAAAAUGGAAGCUUAGAUGACUAUAUCUACCAUCGUAAUGGAAAAUCACAACUUCCGUGGUUCAUAAGGUUUCGAAUAGCUUUUGAAGUAGCUUGUGGUCUUGCAUUCUUACACAAUGCAAAGCCAGAGCCCAUUGUUCAUCGAGACCUAAAACCAGGAAAUAUCUUGUUAGAUGGAAAUUAUGUAAGCAAAAUUGGGGAUGUUGGUCUGGCCAAGAUCAUAUCAGAUGUUGUGCCUGACAACAUCACAGAGUACAGAGACUCAAUUAUUGCUGGUACACUCUUCUACUUGGACCCGGAGUAUCAAAGAACUGGCACAAUCAGACCAAAAUCAGAUUUAUAUGCUUUUGGCAUCAUAGUUCUGCAAUUGUUGACAUCUCGUCAUCCGAAGGGGCUUCUUUCAAUGGUAGAGAAUGCAAUUCGGCGCGGUUCCUUUUUUGAUAUUCUAGAUAAGUCAAUUACAGAUUGGCCACUAGAAACAGAGGAAUUAGCUCGAAUUGCUCUGAAGUGCUCCAAUGUCAGAUGCAGAGACAGACCUGAUCUUGAGACUGAAGUUUUGCCUCUUCUCAAAAGAUUGGCUGAUCUUGCAAAUACUAGUGCAGAAGAAGAGAGGAACAACAUUCGUGCACUAAGCCACUAUUAUUGUCCAAUCCUUCAGGAAAUUAUGGAUGAUCCCCAUAUUGCUGCUGAUGGCUUUACCUAUGAGUACAGAGCAAUUAAGGCUUGGCUUGAGAAACAUAACGUGUCACCAAGUACAAGGCAAAAAUUUCAGCAUUCUAUGUUGAUUCCAGACCAUACAUUACGAUCAGCCAUAAAUGAUUGGAGGUCACAAGCCACAUUUGCGGGUAUCCAAACUAAAGGAGGAGGUGACGGUUGAACAGAGCACAACGACUUUCGUUGUCCCUUGAAUUUGGUAUUUUGCAUUAAGUUUGCCUUGGUAGUUGGUACUGAGAAGAGAAGCGUAUAUAUGAAAAAAGAGCUUCUCAUGUACAUGUUGUGAACUUGCUAGUUUACCGUGCGUAAUAGGCAUUGCCUCUGAAUAUACAUCCAAAUGUUCCAAGAGUAAAUUCUUGUAUUUUUGUAAUACAGUAUAUAACCUAUGGUACAUUACAGAUGUGUCAAUUUUGUUAUAUGGUAUAUAAUAUAUUCUCUUCCUCUA